AUGGCCAGGGUCUACAUAUGCCCAGCCAAGAGCCCGAAAAGAGGAAUAUUCCAUGCCACUCCAGUGCAGCCUAAUUCAGCCAGGUCAGCAUACGUAUUCCCGAGCAUUAAUCAGACAUGUUACUCGUAUUUCACUGCACUUGCUUCCAAAACAGCAUCCAGCUUAAAAACCUUGCCUCCCCUUUGCCUGGAGGAACAUGUUAUUGAGAAGGCUAAGUUUGUUUCAAAAGAGACAUUGGCUAAAACCAGGACACAAAGCUUCAAAUAUGGGAUCACACAAGGUGUAAUCCCUAUGAUCACUGCACCACGAAUUGCCGAAUGGACUCAUACUCACCAUUUUCUCCUCCAUCAGUAUACUAAGUGGAUGCCAGCUGCCGGGCGGAUAGAAGCAGAUAAUUGCCAUAUCCAAGUGGAAACUUACAGCACGUGUGUCACGGUUGCCACAGUCGAAUUUGUCCAUGAAAAAUUCAACUCGGAGGAUUGUGAAAAUACUCAGCCGACACUGAUAUCGGCUAGAGACCGAGUUUACAUUAUACUUUCCAGGCUCUAUAGUGUGCCUGAUUAUUGUAGGUUCUUAACCGAAAUCAACUGA